AUGUCAGAUCCGCUCGCUUUCACUACGACGCAUGGGGCCAGAGGCUGCCGCGCGACUCCGUCAAACGACCUUGAUGACAUCAGACUGGCGAUGGCCGCCCUGAAGGAGAUCCGCGAGCGAGAGAUGAGCAUAGACAUGGCCAUCGGGCCCAUCGAGGAAUGCUUCAGCAUGCUCGGUAAGAGUCAGCUGUCGGUCGCCCGCGGCGACGCCGCCGACAACGUCGACUCGCUGCGCUACGGGUGGCGCCUCCUGCUGACGCACGCGUACAGGCUGCAGUGCGACCUCAUCAGCAUGCAGCCGGCGUUCAAGCGCGAGCUGCUCGGCAACGUGAAGCGAUUCACGACCGACUGCGAGACCUUCUACGUGGAGUACGAGCGGGAGGGGCCGAUGGUUACUGGGCUUCAGCCGUCGGAUGCAGCAGACAGGCUGAUAAUAUUCCAGGUAAGACAAAUAUUAGGGUACAACACGCACUACAGGAAGGCAAUACAGACGUGGGUGAGAGACCUCUCCAAUAGCAUAGAGGUCAUCAACACCUGGCUCACCGUACAGAACCUGUGGCUGUACCUGGAGGCCGUUUUCAUCGGCGGAGACAUCGCGCGCCAGCUGCCCAAGGAAGCGCACAGGUUCAAUGGCAUCGACAGAUCGUGGCAAAAGAUCAUGCAGAAGGCGAGGGAGGUUCGGAGGGUCGUAGAAUGCUGUAGCUGUGAUGAGAUGCUGCUGCUGCCUCACAUACUCGAGCAACUCGAAACCUGCCAGAAGUCACUCACUGGGUACCUGGAGAGCAAGCGAGCGCUGUUUCCUCGUUUCUUCUUCGUGUCCGACCCAACUCUGCUAGAGAUCCUCGGCCAGGCGAGCAACUCUCACAACAUACAGCGCCAUCUACUGAGCGUGUUCGAUAACACUCAGACUGUAGAGUUUCAUCGAAAGGAUUAUGACCGCAUUUUGGCGAUCGUCUCCUCAGAAGGUGAAACUAUAGAGCUGGAGAGACCCGUGAAGGCACAAGGCCCCAUCGAGGAGUGGCUCAUGUCUCUCCUACAGGUGGCGCAGCAGUCACUACAUGGUGUCAUUCGCGCGGCCGCCGACGCCGUCAACGACAAGGACUUCAACCUGAUGCAGUUUCUGCAGCAUUUUCCUGCGCAGGUCGGCUUGCUGGGCAUACAGAUGAUCUGGACGAGGGACUCGGAAGCGGCGCUCAGGAAGGCUAGGACCGACAAGAAGGCGAUGCCAUUGACCAAUCAGAGCUUCCUCGGCAUGCUGAACGCGCUGAUUGGACGGACGACGGCGGAGCUCUCGCGCGCCGAGCGCACCAAGUUCGAGACGCUCAUCACCAUCCACGUUCACCAACGAGACAUAUUCGACGAUCUGUGUCGUAUGGGAGUAAAGUCUACGGCUGACUUUGAGUGGUUGAAGCAGUCACGGUUUUACUUCAACGAGGAUGCGGAUUGCACACUGAUCUCCAUCACAAACGUGAACUUCACUUACCAGAAUGAGUUUCUGGGCUGCACAGAACGUCUAGUUAUUACACCUCUAACUGACAGGUGCUACAUCACCCUAGCCCAGGCAGUCGGCAUGUCAAUGGGAGGAGCACCGGCUGGGCCAGCGGGAACCGGGAAAACAGAAUCUGUUAAGGAUAUGGGACGAUGCCUGGGAAAAUAUGUGGUUGUGUUCAACUGCUCUGACCAGAUGGAUUACCGAGGCCUGGGGCGCAUCUUCAAAGGACUAGCACAAUCGGGGGCGUGGGGCUGCUUCGAUGAAUUUAACCGGAUAGAGCUGCCAGUGCUGUCUGUCGCAGCUCAACAGAUUGCUGUCGUACUCACCGGCAAGAAGGAGCACCAAAAGCAGCUUGUGUUCACAGAUGGCAGCACUACUGCGGUGAAUCCAGAGUUUGGAAUAUUCAUCACCAUGAACCCGGGUUAUGCUGGACGACAAGAGCUGCCUGAGAAUUUAAAGGUGCAGUUCCGCACGGUGGCCAUGAUGGUUCCGGACCGACAGAUCAUCAUCCGCGUAAAGCUGGCAAGCGUGGGUUUCAUGGACAACGUGGUACUGGCACGCAAGUUCUACACGCUCUACAGGCUGUGCGAAGAACAGCUCAGUAAACAGGUCCACUAUGACUUCGGUCUGCGCAACAUCUUGUCAGUGUUGAGAACACUUGGAGCUGUGAAGCGGAGCAACCAGAGCGACAGUGAGGCUACGGUCGUCAUGCGCGUACUGAGGGACAUGAACCUAUCUAAACUGAUAGAUGAGGACGAGCCGCUCUUCCUGUCUCUCAUCGCAGACCUGUUUCCGGGCAUCGUGCUGGACAGCGCGGGCUACCCGGAGCUGGAAGCUGCCAUCGCCACGGUGAUCGAGCAGUCGGGCCUCAUCCACCACACUCCGUGGAUGCUCAAACUGAAGCAGGUUUGUAGAUGGCAGCACUGGAGCGGAAGCGUGCCGGAGUACAUCUACCCGCUGGACGUGACACCGGAGUACAGCUCCGUGCUGGUGCCAUGCAUAGACAACGUCAGAUGCGACUUCCUUCUGCAGACCGUGGCGAAGCAGGGGAAGGUAGUCUCCCCUUGUCUCCUAUUGUACACAGUAGAAAUGAGAAUGAACCCCAAAGCCAUCACUGCACCACAGAUGUUUGGCAGAUUGGACGUGGCCACUAAUGACUGGACGGACGGCAUCUUCUCGGCACUGUGGCGUAAAACUCACCAACUAAAGAAAGAUGAGCAUGUGUGGAUAGUCCUGGAUGGACCUGUUGAUGCUAUCUGGAUUGAGAACCUCAACUCAGUGCUGGACGACAACAAGACAUUGACACUAGCGAAUGGUGACAGAAUCCCAAUGUCCCCAGCAUGUAAGAUUAUUUUUGAGGUUGACAACAUUGACAAUGCAAGCCCAGCAACAGUGUCACGAAACGGCAUGGUCUAUAUGAGCUCCUCUGCUCUGGACUGGAAACCACUUCUGCAGGCAUGGCUGCUGCGGAGGAACGCUGUGGAGGCGGAAUGCCUAAGGGAAUUAUUUCACGCUUCAUUCAGUGAGAUUCUGCUCUAUGCCAUGCAGAAUCUACAGUAUAGGAUGACCGUCCUGCAGUGUAACAUUGUUAAUCAGGUUCUGACACUGUUAGAGGGUCUACUCCCACGUGCCAGCCCUGCCGUUGGCCAUCUUGCCAAGCUGUACGUGUUCAGCAUCAUGUGGAGUGUGGGGGCCUUUCUGGAGCUGGACGACAAACGCAAACUGUCUGCAUUCCUGCGUUCUGGGAACCUGAACCUCGACAUCCCUGACAUGCCCCCUGGUUCCGACGAUAUGAUGUUUGACUAUCUAGUCAAUGCGCAAGGUAGAUGGCAGCACUGGAGGGGCGGAAAGCGUGCCGGAGUACAUCUACCGCCUGGACAUAGACAACGUCAGAUGCGACUUCCUUCCUGCAGACCGUGGCGAAGGCAGGGGAAGAGCGUUCUGCUGAUGGGAGAGCAGGGAACAGCAAAAACCGUGAUGAUCAAUUCCUUCAUGGCAAAGUACAACAAGGAUGAACAUCUGACGAAGACCCUGAACUUUUCCUCAGCCUCUUCACCGAUGUUGUUCCAGCGUACGAUCGAGAGCUACGUCGACAAGAGGAUGGGCAGCACGUACGGCCCCACAGCCGGGAGGAGCAUGACCGUGUUUAUCGACGACAUCAACAUGCCACUGAUCAACGAGUGGGGCGAUCAGGUGACGAACGAGAUCGUACGCCAGCUGGUCGAGAACAAGGGGUUCUACAAUCUGGACAAGCCGGGAGAAUUUACGAACAUCGUUGACCUGCAGUUUCUUGCCGCCAUGGGUCAGCCCUGCGGCGGCCGCAACGACAUUCCCAACAGACUGAAGCGCCACCUGGCGAUUUUCAACUGCACGAUUCCUUCCGAUCGAUCCAUCGACAAGAUAUUCAGAGUCAUAGCUUGCGGGCAUUACUGCACAGAGCGUGGCUUCAGUCCUUCUAUCCGGGACACCAUACUUGCGUUAGUCACCUGCAGCAGGAUGCUGUGGCAAGUCACAAAGGUGUCGAUGCUGCCAACGCCCUCUAAGUUCCAUUACGUAUUCAACCUGAGGGAUUUGUCGCGCAUCUGGCAGGGCAUGCUCAGUGCAGCUCCCUCUGUUGUCAACUGCAAGACAACCGUGCUUGCCUUGUGGAAGCACGAAUGCUGCAGAGUCAUUGCUGACAGGUUUGUUGACCAGGAAGACUGCACCUGGUUUGAGAACGCAUUGGUGAAGGUCAUACGAGACAACCUCGGUUCUGAGGCUGGAGAUGUUGUCAAGGAAACCACAUACUUCUGUGAUUUCUACAGAGAGGCACCAGAAGUUACGACAGAGGAACAAGAGGGCACCGAUGGCCCUGACACGGUGUACGAGCCGGUUACGGACAUGGCGGUGCUGGAAGGCAGGCUGGCACUGCUGCUGGCGCAAUACAACGAGAGUGUGAGAGGCGCCGGCAUGGACUUGGUGUUCUUCAGGGAUGCUGUCGUUCACAUUAUAAGAAUAUGCAGGAUGCUGCGGAUGCCUCAGGGUCAUGCCCUGUUGGUAGGGGUGGGAGGUUCAGGCAAGCAGUCGCUCACAAAGCUUGCAUCAUUCAUCACUGGAUACCAGACAUUCAGGAUAACACUGACGAGGUCGUACAACGUGUCAAACCUCCUCGACGACCUUCGCCGACUGUACCGCCUCACGGGGCUGCAGGCACGCAGCGCCACCUUCAUUCUCACGGAGCAGGACGUCGUCGACGACGGCUUCCUGGAGUACAUCAACAACAUGCUCGCCACGGGCUGGCAUUUUGCGUAA